GGCCGCUCCCGCGCCUGCCCUUGUUUGGCCCUGCGGCCGGGGAGGGGGGGGCGGGGGCGGUGCCGUCCGCGUCAGCGGCGCCCGCGGUGACGGCGACGUGCGGCCCGCGCCACUGCUGCCCGCGGACGCGCGCGGACCCCCGUCGCUCAUGGCCCAGGCGAAGAUCAGCGCCAAGGCCCACGAGGGCCGCUUCUGCCGCUCGUCGUCCAUGGCGGACCGCUCCAGCCGCCUGCUGGAGAGCCUGGACCAGCUGGAGCUCAGGGUGGAAGCUUUGAGAGACGCCGCUACUGCUGUUGAACAAGAGAAAGAAAUCCUUCUGGAGAUGAUCCACAGUAUCCAGAACAGCCAGGACAUGAGGCAGAUCAGUGAUGGAGAAAGAGAAGAAUUAAACCUGACCGCAAACCGUCUGAUGGGGCGAACCCUCACUGUUGAGGUCUCCGUGGAAACGAUUCGAAACGCCCAGCAGGAGGAAUCCUUAAAGCACGCCACAAAGAUUAUAGACGAGGUGGUCAGUAAGUUCCUGGAUGACCUAGGAAAUGCCAAGAGUCACCUAAUGUCACUCUAUAGCGCGUGCUCAUCUGAGGUGCCGGCUGGGCCGGUUGACCAAAAGUUCCAAUCCAUAGUAAUCGGCUGCGCUCUGGAAGACCAGAAGAAAAUCAAGAGGCGGUUAGAGACUCUCCUGAGGAACAUUGACAACUCUGACAAGGCCAUCAAACUGUUAGAGCACUCUAAAGGAGCUGGCUCCAAAACUCUGCAAACCACCGACGGCAAAUUCAACUAGUCUUCGGAUCCAGGGGCCCUUACGAAAGGAAAACAAUUUAAAAUCCCUAGGUCUGUAUGUUAGGCAUGACCACUUACCUGAUACUGAUAAUUAUUUCAGAUGAGGAAGUACUCCAGUGUCUACAGAUACACAAUAAAACUAGAAGUAUUUCAGUCACCUGCUUUGAAGUUUCGGACAGUAGUCCUGUCUUGAACUGGGCUCCAGCACUGUGUAUUUACCUUCUGAAGAUGCAUACAGAGUGUGUGGGGGACAUUUUAAAAAGGGGCAAAAGUACCACUGCUUUUUCCUUGACCUCAGCACAGAUGCACCCAGCCCCGGAGCCGUGCGCUCACACCACACAGUGUGAACAGAGCACCCAGCCCCGGAGCAGUGAGCUCACACCACACAGUGUGCCUAGAAGGAUAAAAGGAAACACAUCAGAACUCCAUCCUGCAUGUUCUCCGUUUGGGGGGAUCUGUUUCUUUACGCAUCUCAUGACCUAUUUUUAGGUGUGUGGAAGCAUGACAGAUGUGAAGAAGCCGCCCUCACAUUACCACUGUGAGGCUCCGCACGCACCUGGCUGCAGGAGCCUCCCUCCAGGGACGGGCCGACUGCCUUCUUUACGUCCUGCCUUGAAAUCACGUGUGCAGCCCACGGUGUGCUUAGCCAGUCACGUCUCCCGUGGACAGUUGGUGGUUUCGACUUGCUAUGACUACAAGAUCUCUGUCCACAGAGCUUUAUUCUGUUCUUGGUCCUCUGUGUAAAAUUCCAUCGAUGGGUUCAUGGCCCUGAAACAUGUUUCUAAGUUUUUGUAAGUUGUAUCAGUUUGUACUGUCUUCAGUAAUUAAAAGAAUCCAUUUCACCCA